GUGACCAGUUAGGUGGGAUUUGUCCACGUGGAGGUCGGACAAGGAAGUGUUUCGGUCGCCAGGGGAACGAUUGUGGGACCGACCGCAGCUCAGCGGGAGCACACCGGUCAGGAUGGCGCUGCGGGCCGCUGCAGGUCGCUUGCUGUAUAUCCAGAGGACUCGUUUAAAGGUGAAACCCUUUGAAACUCAGCUCGCUGUCCGAUUCAAGGCGACCUGUCCCGUUGAAGUGAGCCACCUGGAUCACUUGGUGCUGACGGUGAAAAGUGUGCCAGACACGAUCAACUUUUACACGUCAGUUCUCGGAAUGGAGGUUAUCACUUUCAAGGGGAACCGUAAAGCUCUGGGUUUUGGGGAGCAAAAGUUUAACCUUCAUCAGUUGGGCCAAGAGUUUGAACCAAAAGCUAAGCAUCCAACCUCAGGCUCUGCAGACCUCUGUCUCGUCACCAAAACCCCUCUGACUGUUGUAGCCGCCCAUCUGAAGGUCUGUGGUGUUGAGAUUGAAGAGGGACCAGUGCAGAGGAGUGGAGCUAUGGGACCCAUCACCUCAGUUUACUUCAGAGAUCCAGACCACAAUCUCAUUGAAGUGUCAAACUACAGCCCGUCUGCUCCAGAUAGCUCCUCUUAAGCCUUUGAGCACCUAAAAGUGUGCUGUCAACACAGAACGGAUGCUAUAGCUAUGAAAGGUUUAAUCCAAAGUGACUUAUUAAAACAAUUUGUUCACGGUUCAGAGAGGGUUGACAACAUCAGCUGGGAUUAAAAUCUCAUAUUAUUUUGUUGUUCCAGUAAAAAGAAAAAUGUUUUGAGAAAA